AUGUCUUUCCCUGCUUUCCUUAAUCUACCUGCUGAGGUUCAAGUCGAAAUAUGGCGAGAGUACAUCUUGGACGCAAAUAAAAAUCGCCUCAUACUUAUGGACAAUUACAAAAAGCAAAUUUUACCGACACGAUUUCUUACCUCACCGGCUCUACAAAUCAGCUUCUUGGCUCGAAAAAUAUAUUUGGAUAUGUAUCCAGUCCAGCUGCCCGUUUUUCGAUCUUUUAGGGAAUCGACAUUCUUAGGCGGUGAUGAAGAUGCCGAAGACGCCGAAGACGUGCAAAGUGAAGGCAGUAUAUCUCCUAUAACUCCUAUAGACUCGAACUUCACUGGUGUACCGUGUGGAUACGUCUACGUCAACUUUCAAUCCGACAUCUUCGUAAUUGACGUCGUUGACCGGUCCGAUUUCGAUUUCGACGUGCUGAAAUUCACGGAAUCAUUGAAUCCAAAUCAAUAUGGGCUUAUAAAACAACUUAAGGUCGUCUCGGUCACGUAUAGGGGAUCUCUCCCUCCAAUUCAUGAUUUAGCAAGGAAGAAUAAGCAUAGAUUCUAUGAGAACGAAUUCAGCGGGUGUCAAACCUGUCAACACGUCUAUGUGUUUUGGGACAGUGAGGAGUGUGAUAACGACUUUGGUCAGUAUUCUUCACUACUGGAUGACUUAUUGACCCUUUCGGGCGAGGAGUUUUCGGAAAAGUGGGAUUCAUUUACGUUUGUUUAUGAAGGUGUAAUGCUGCGCAAGUCUCGCCACUGACGGCGUUAGUGAUUACAACUUAAUGAGAUGUACCUCGGAUUAUCAAAUAAUUGUACUGUUAACCUGUUUGCUGAGACUCAAAAAAUAGUAUAAUUAUACCAACACGGUUGCCAACGUUGCGUCGUGUUAACAGACCCCUUAUCGCCUUAUAUUGUUAGGUUUG